CAUUUUGAAGGACUUCAAAUAAUCAAAAGAGAAGAAAAAGGCACAACAAUUAACGCUAACUACCGUAACUAGCUAGCGUUAGUUAACUUGACCGAGCUAACAUUAGCUUCUUGGACUGACCGUAGUUGUUUGUGAAUACUUCAGUGGUCCGGUAUGUGGUACAACAUGUUGCUUUGCCCGUUAAAACAAACCGUUUAGUUGCCACAUGCUCUACUAAAAGAUUCAUUAUCGGGUUUGAAGUACUGAAAGACACCAUUUCACGAGACAAGGCUGCUGUCAUUUGACUCCUCAAUGGCUUUACUGAAUGUGCUAAGAGCUGUCAGAUGCUACCUGAGUCCCCUUUCAACAUCAAAAUCAUUGCUUUCCACCAAAGCCUCCCUGCUAGGGGACAAGAACAUCCUGCUCAUGGGUGCCCCUGGAGCAGGGAAGACCACAGUGGGGAGGAUAGUGGCCCACAGACUGGGACUGCCUGUCAUCGACGUUGAUGACGAUGUCUUGGAGACGACAUGGAAGAUGCCUGUGGCGGCCAAGCUGGCAGCAGUCGGCGGAGAGCGUUUCCUGGAGGAAGAAGGCCAGGCUUUGUGUAACUUCUCUGCCUCUGGGUGUGUUGUUUCCCUGACAGGCUCUAACCCUCUUCACUCCGCAGCGAUGCAACACGUCAAAGAGUCCGGACUGGUCAUCUACCUUGACGUGGACAGUGAAGACAUCAUACAGAGACUUGCCAGGAUGAAGGUGAACAGGAUAGUGGGCCAGGAGGCAGGGGCGUCCAUGAGGGACAUUUUGCAUUACAGAAAACAGUAUUAUGAGAGGUGGCUUGACAUGCGGGUGCUUUGUGGAACAAGGGACACGGUGGAGGAAGUAGCAGAGAAGGUGCUGAAGGCUAUGGAGAGAUAUCAGAACCACGCUGACGAAACCUUUGUGUCGACCAGGAGUGACAGCGCGGCAUCAUCUAAGCAGAAAACAUUCUUUAGUGAUGUGGUAGUUGAGGGUCUGGCCACAGAUGGAGGCCUCUACGUUCCCAAAAAUGGCUUCCCAAACAUGGAUGCACGUGAAUGGCUGAGACUAGCUGACAUGUCAUACCAAGAACGAGCAUUAGUUUUACUUGAAAAGUGCAUACACCCGUUGGAUGUUCCUGCUUUGGAUCUCAGAACAAUGAUAUUCAAGGCAUAUGGGUCUAACUUUUCUAGUGAGGCAAUAGCACCUGUAAAACAUCUCAUCCACAAUCAGUAUGUUCAGGAGCUUUUUCAUGGCCCCACCGCCUCAUUUAAAGACCUCGCCUUGCAGCUGAUGCCCCAGCUCUUCUCCUACUGCCUCCCACAGAUGUGCAACUACCUUAUUCUGGUAGCCACCUCUGGAGACACAGGAAGUGCAGUGCUCAGUGGCUUCAGCAGGCUCAGUGGCACCGACAUACACAGGACCGGGGUGCUGGUGUUUUUCCCAGAGGAAGGCGUGAGUGAGAUUCAGAAGCUUCAGAUGACGAGCUACACGGAGGGCAACGCCAGGGCCGUCAGCGUCCUGUCAGACUUUGACUUCUGUCAGAGAACCAUAAAGAGGAUGUUUGGAGAGGGUGGGCUGACGGGCCACCUUGCUGUAGAGUACGGCACAGUCCUCAGCACCGCCAACUCCAUCAACUGGGCCCGGCUGUUGCCACAGGUGGUUUACCAUUCCUCAGCCUAUCUGGAUCUAUGCAGAGAUGGUGUUAUCAAGUUCGGGGAGCCCAUUGAUGUUUGCAUCCCUUCUGGUAACUUCGGCAACGCCAUGUCAGCGGUCUACGCCAAGCAAAUGGGCAUCCCGAUAAGAAAGGUCAUCUGUGCGUCCAACCACAACCGCAUCAUCACGGACUUUAUCGCCACAGGCGAGUACGAUCUCCGGGGACGGCCUCUGUUGCUCUCCCACUCCCCUGCCAUAGAUAUCCUGAAAUCCUCCAACCUUGAGAGGUUUAUCUUCCACGUCUCAGACGGAGACAGCCGCCUUGUCAAGGAGCUGUUCACACGCUUAGACAGACAGCAGCACUUUCAGGUUCCUGAGCCUCUUCUUGGCAGGAUACAGCAGGAAGUGCUGGCUGGCUGGUGCUCUGAGGAUGACUGCUUGGCCGCCAUCCAGAGCGUUCACACACAGACGGGCUACCUCAUGGACACACACACCGCCGUGGCUAAAGUCGUCGCUGAUAGGCUGCAUGACGGCUCGUGCCCCAUGGUGCUUUGUUCCACUGCUCACUAUGGGAAAUUUGCUCCCGCCGUGUUCAAAGCCUUACAAAUCCAAAAUAUUCCACAGGAUCCUGUGCAGCAGCUGAAGAAGCUCGGGGCGACUGCAUCCAGACCUGGAAUACACAGAGACCUGGUGACAUGCCUGCAGGAGAGUGGCAGGAGGCGACACACUGUUUGUCAGGCAGAUUACGAGCCCUGGCCCACUAGAUGGGGAUGUCUACCUUUUGGCCACUGCUGUGUGGAAACACUGGUGCAAGCAUUGCAACAACAGUAUUUGGAUAUCGCUGUAAGGAAAAUGAAUUACUGGCCGAGUCAGAAGGUCGAAUAAACUAGUGAAUACUUUACCUGCAGUCAAGGAGUGGAUCAUUUUAUACUUAUACAUUUUAUACGUACUCUACGUUGUAAUAAAUAUGGGCAAGAACAUGUAUCAAUAAUCUUAAUCUUAAAUCUUUUGUUUACCUCAUCCACUUUCUUUUUACUUGAGCUUUUCUCUGCUGAAAGGAUAGCUGAAGUUAUGUUGUAGAGACAGAAAAGCAGCUGGUACUCUCCUCCAAUCAGUGUCCACUACUCAUUAACUUACUGAAGGUAGAAGGGGUUAUACUUUUCAUUCAAUUAAAAAAAAAAAAAGAAAUGUUGAACCACACCAUUCCUGGCCUUUU